AUGUGCGCGCAUAUAAACAACAGGAAAUUGUCCGGCUAUUUCGAAACCGGCCCGCUGCGGCGCCGCGCAAUAAACAGAGAGCUAGCCAAAAACAUAGGUAACAGAAACGCGGCGAUAAUCAGCGAUGCCAGUCCUCCCCUAUGCGACAAAGCGCCCACUAAAUCUCCGCAAAAAUCGCACCUCAUCGCAAACGGAAAGUUCCAGUGGCAAACGAUUGCGAUAGAAGCGAACCGGCGAGGUUCCGGCGAUCGUGUGAUAGGGCGC